AUGCUUCUCUUAGGAGUCCUCAGUGAGGCCCCCAUCAACUCUUUUGACACCACAUCAUCCACCAAUACAAACUAUGACGAGGUAAGUUCAAGAGCGAAUUAUCAAGAGGAACAACCACAUGAAGUUGCUUAUAGAGGGGUUAGAAGGCGGCCCUGGGGAAAAUAUGCUGCCGAGAUAAGGGAUUCAACUAGAAAUGGUGUGAGAGUUUGGCUAGGAACAUUUGAUACUGCAGAGGCCGCCGCGUUAGCUUAUGAUCAAGCCGCAUUUGCAAUGAGAGGUUCCAUGGCAGUACUAAAUUUUCCUGUCCAAAAAGUUUACGAGUCACUUCAAGAAACGGGUUACCGGUUCCAAGAAGGGCAAUCACCAGUUUUAGCGAUGAAAAAAAGACAUUCGAUGAAUAGGAAAGCCGAGAUUAGGAAAAAGAAAGAGACGGAAAUGAGAAUGGAAAUGGAAAAUGUAGUGGUCCUAGAGGAUUUAGGGGCUGAUUAUUUGGAGGAACUUCUAACCAUGUCAGAGAAUGCUAGUCCUUGGUAA